UCAGUGGAGGGUUGCCGAAAUAGAAACUGCGUUCACGAUUGAUUAUCCAGUGUUUCCUGGCAAGUUCGCUGCCAUGUGACUGCUGGCAUAGAAAGCGAAAUCCCAGGAGUAGUUUGGUUGUGCCGAAAAAGCAAUAAUAUACCAGCUUGGUCUCGAUCAAAGCAAGAUGCUGAGGCGAAUUCCUUCUAUAUUGUGCCGUGGCAUCGGGCAGCGGGCCAUGGCACCUAGGCGACUGCCGGCGUUGAGGUUUCUUUCAUCCAACGCAUCGUCAAGCGACCAGAUCAUCACGUCUGCGGUCAAGUCCAAACAUCCUCUUGCGCCCAGUGCACCUUCGAAAGACGCAGAUAUCCUCGCGGAACAACUACAGAGGGCCAAGAAUGUUGACAGAAUUCUCGAGCUAGUCGUUCAGCACCACCGAGUAAUGAACAAUGCCCAAGUGCUGACAGCGUUUACGUGCCUUCACGAUGCCAUUAGGCAACAGCCUGAACAAGUGGAGUUCAAGAGCUUGACUUCUCAUCCGGGCUUCCGAGAAUUAUGCAACAGGGCACUUAAGCGGAUGCGAUAUUAUGAGGCACAAGAAGUGAUGUCCUUGCUCAAGCUGUGCACGCUUCUUCAGAUUCCUACCAACACUGCCCUCGUCCAAGCCAUUGGCCAGAUGCUGAAGCACAGCAUCAACAGCUUGACAUUGUCAGAACUUAUAUUUGUGGACAUGCUGCUUCAGUGGCAGAAGUCAAGCUCUUCUAUAACAGACGCAUUGAAGAUAGCUAUUCCACUUGUGUUCCAAGCUCAACUGCCCAUUCAGUUGAACUUUACCAACAUUGAUGAUGUUGUGCGCUGUUUCAAGUUUGCUUAUACGAAAGAGCUGGAUCCUACUCUUGUUGAGAAAUUGGCCGUCAGCCUGCUUUCACAGCUCCCAAAUUUGGACCCAGAACAGGCAGCCACAAUUGUUAUUACUGUAGGCAUGAACCCUUCAACUUGCUUCCUGGUGCCCUGUGUCAAGGAAUUGUUGAGAGGCUGUGAACAAGUUGUGGCUGAUAACUUAUCAUCAUACGCCCCCAAGACUAUCAGGGCUGUUCUUGCCAGCUUUAUGCGUGACACUCCUCGGACGUCACGUCUUCUUGAAGCCCUUGUGCAUCGCAGUAUGGAUAACCACUGGCCACUGUCGGAGCUGAGUUUGGUGCUUGAUUGCUGUUACAAGCACGAAUAUGCCACACCGUGCCUGUCAGAAUACUUGGCAGAGCGCAUCAUCAAGGAAGAAGAAAGCAUCACCCAAGACAAGAGAGUCUCUGUGGUGUCAUUCGCGGACUUAGUGGCUGCCUGUCCAAAGCAGACUGAUCUGUUUCGUGAGGCCGCCCGCAUUCUGACAUCCUGUCAGGAAAAGAUUGGCACGUUGGAACUUGUGGCACCACAUAUAUUUGCAAGGAUUGUGGCAAAUCUGGCAAGGCUGCACUGUUUCCCAAAGGAGUUGCUGGAGCGGGCCUUUAAUGAGCAGUUCCUCAACAAAGCAAAGUUCAAGGUACCUAGCAAGAAGUGGCCUACCAUGCUAACCAACUUGCUCCAAUUGGAGCAAUGCGCUCGCAUAGAUCUCAGUGAGUAUCAAGGGCCAGUCUUACCAGACAGGCUCCGAAAGGAAGCCAUCGCAGUGGUGGCUGAAGAGAGCAGCUUGCUGGUCCCCCUAAAAAAGUGCCUCGAAGUUGCCCUCGGAGGAGCGCAGUUUGUUGCUGCGGGACUCUGGACAAGGCACGGCUACUUCCUUGAUUUUGCUGUGGUCAUGCGAAAAGGCGAGUAUCCAAUGGCUGUAAGCACACAAAUGGCGUCAACACCUGAAGGUGGUUAUUCCUACAUCGAAGAUUUAAGAGUACCUGAAGACGCUAAGAUAUUGGUUGUGCUGACUGCAAAUUACCAAAGUUAUUGGAGACACACAUCGGCUGUGAAAGGAAGCGUUGUGACCAAACUGAGGCAUCUUGUAUCACUGGGCUACCACCCACUUUUGGUUAACAUUGAGCAGUGGAAGUCGCUACCCGAUUACGAGAAGAUUCCGUACGUUAUGAGAGAGGCUAAGGCGGUGCUCAGUGACGGGGAUGCUUCGUGGAGCACUCAUGCAAGGUAGCCGUACUCAGUGAAGACAUUGUACAUCAUCUUAGGAAAUAAAAAGAAAAAGAAAACAG